CUCCCAAACCAAGUUUUCAAUUAACUAGUGAAAGUUUCCCAUCGCUACCACAGGUUAGUCGCACAAACACGAACUAUCGUAACUCUACGAGUUACGCAAACCAGCUCAAUAAUAAUGAAAACAAUAAGUCUAACCUUAGUGACAUUAACCUAGAUGAAAUAUGACAGAUUGUGGAGGAUGUGUUUGUACAUCUAUCAAAGUGCAAAUCUAAGAAAGACCUAAUUUCUGUGAUAGUCCAAAUCACAGCUAAAUACUGUUUCAAAAAUGUAUAGUGUAGAUAAACUUCGAAUAUUAUAUUGGAAUGCCAAUAGCAUUACUAACAAGCAAACCGAGUUUUUCAACUAUCUAUUGAAGGAAAAUAUUAUGAUAACAGCUAUCUGUGAAACAUUCCUAAAACCAAAUAUUAGAUUCUCACAUCCCAAUUACUCGAUAUACAGAUUUGAUAGAACAGUAGGCGAGAAAGGAGGUGUUGCAAUCAUAAUUUCUAAGCAAUUAAAUCACGAAGUUUUACAACUGCCUAAACUAAAGAAGAUAGAGGCUGUUGGUAUUAGUGUAUCAACGCAAGCUGGUAAAUUUAAUGUUGUAUCUGUUUAUAAUCCUGGAUCCAAUUCAGACUGCAAUAGUUUUAGACGAGACAUUAUAGCUCUAUGCAAUAUUCCAGGAAAAUUUAUUAUUUGUGGAGACUUUAACGCGCGGCACCAGCUGUGGAAUUGUGUAAAGUCAAAUAGGAUGGGAAAAACCCUUUUUGAAGAAGUACAAAAAGGAAAUUUUUCAAUUUAUCAUCCGCAGAGCCCAACUUAUUAUCCGUGUGAUGCUAAGCGCUCACCAUCUACCCUUGAUCUUGAUCGUCAGUGCGUUUGACGUUUGCGGUGAACGGUCGUGCUUGAGUUUGCUCCGUACAAAUCAGAUAAUAUUUGCGUUGUUGUGAUCGCGCUUGUAGUAUUCACUAGUUUGAGGAUUCUGAAAGUAGAGAGUUGGCUGCAGUGGUGUGCUGUAACACUUGAUUAGUGGCAUUAAAAUCGGUCUAUUUCGGGUUUAGUUUCCUGUUUUCGUCGUGCUCUGCGUCGUGCUACUGCUCGUCAAUUCACCAUGACACACUGCCGGAUUUGCUCACUGGACACCGAGGAAGCAGUUAUCAUAUGUGGCGGUAACUUGAACAUCUCUUCGUGCAAACAGGCUUUCCAUCCAAAGUGUCUGAAAAUGCCAAAAUCGAGCAUAAAAAGUGUUUCUCAUAGCAAUAAUAUUGUUUGGAUUUGCAAUAUGUGCACCAACAACAACUCCGAUAAUGGCUUGGUUCUUGGUGAGAAGGCACCCCGCCUCAUCAAAAUGAUUAGUGAGAUGAAGAACGAAAUAUCUCACCUACUAAAUGAGUUGAAGAGAGAAAUGAUUGCAGAGAUUGAUCUACGAAUACGCACAAACCAUUCCGAAUAUCCUCACACACUCACUAGGAACCAUGCCACUAACACUUCACAGUUCAACGAAAGAUUGGCUUCCACUACUACACUGAACACUACGCCUGUCCAUCCCGUCAAAACUAUUCACAACACCACGAGCUCUUCGGAAAUGCUGCCUGGAUGCUCUCAUACACGCAAUAUCACUCACACUCUUUCAUCUACUUCACCACGCGAACAAACACAACGAAGAAUCGGUGUUGACAGUGCAGCUUCGGCUAAUCAUUCCUUUCAUCAUCGAAACGCAUUGCUUACCGGUGCAGCAACUGAUGCAAGUUCAUCGUUUGAAGGCUUCGUUCCAAAUGUUGAGUCACGAGUAUGGUUGUUUGUCACUCACAUCGCACCGCACGUUACUGAAGAAGAUAUGACAACUUUUAUUACCAAUCGCCUUGAAAAUAAAAAUUGUAUGGUAAAAAAAAUACUUCCUCGUGAUCGUGAUCCUGCAACGCUUCGAUUCAUCUCCUUCAAGGUCAGUCUCCCAAAUGCACUUAAGAAUAAAGCACUUUCACCUGCAACUUGGCCCCGCGGUUUCGUAUAUGCCGAAUUUGAGUUCCGUAAUAAAAAAAUCAACGAUUUUUUUACGCCACAUACCCUAUACAACUCACCAGAAUGACUAUGAGAUCACAGAUCGUCCCGAACACUCUCACACCCGAAGAGAACAACCCGAACACCGAACAUCAUACUGUUUCGCUCUCCGACACUCUCCCAACGAUCACACACUCGCAGCCUCCCCUGAGUGAACUUUCGAUAUAUUAUCAAAAUGUGCGUGGGCUACGCACUAAAA